ACACUGCAACAUGUGUAAAUUCGUCGUUGAAUUUAUGUGCCAUGGGAGCCGCUGUCGCACGAUGCAGUAAGUCAUAUUCGCCUACUUUUGGUCAUCAUGGUGCCUGCGUUGGUCAGUCUCUGUGCCCGGGUGGUGGUCAGUGACCACAGCUCGUCUCCCCGCUGGAUCAGCUGUUUGCCCAGAGAGCUGUACACCCCGCUGCUGGAGGCCGCUGUGUCCGACUGCCGACCGUUAGCCGUCGGUGAGCUGGUCCAGCGGUGGCCUGAACGCACCCUGCAGGUUGGACCGGGUCCGAGAGGGCGAGCUUGGCCGGACCGACUCUGCAUCCAGGCGCUCUUAAAUGGAGUUACCAGAGGGAUCUCGAACCAAAGCUGUGCCCUGAAAAUAUUGGACCUCUGUGGUCUGCAAAGUCCCAGCAAGGCACAGAUUGACCGGGGAGACUUAAUGGGUGGCUGGUCUCUGACUGUAGCUGUGUGCAGCAUGGUCAUUCAAGCCAGUGCUGGGAUGAAGGAAAGAAAAAGGUUCUCAGCUCUGAAGAGAGAAAAGGAUGUGAAGCGAGAGAGAGGACGAUGGCAGAUGAGUAUCAAUCAAGACCCUGGUAACGCAAGCACAGAUGGCUCAGGUUUUUUUGGAACAGACAGGAUUGGAUUGUCUGGGAGGCUGAGCCAAGAGGAUCUGGUUAAAGGAGUGAGGAGGAGGAUGGAGAUGGAGCGGAAGAGGGAGAGCACAUUGGCGGACGUAGCAGGUAGCAGAAGGGACAAUGAGGAGACUGAUCCAGAUCGUGAUGUGUUAAUGCAUGUGAUUGUUGAUCUUUUUGCCAAUAGCCGCUCUUUUGGGCGCAUACACAUAGCGCUGACGACGUUAGGGCCUCUCAAGCUUCACUGUAGAUAUCUUCGUGUGGAGGAUCUUACUAUGCCAAAACUCAGGACCCUUCUCAGCCUACUUCCUCACCAGAGCCUUCUGGGAUUUGACAUUCGCUACACCAGCCUGGGUGCUGCUGGUUUCAUUGAACUUUUGCCCCUGCUUUCCACCUUCCCCGCACUACAUUCUCUGCAGCUGCAUUACUGUAACUUGGAUAUUCGCAGAGACUACUUUGUUGAAGAUGAUGAACUGAGGACCAUGUCACAGGGACUGGCGCGGUUACAGAAACUGAAACGUCUUAGCGUGACUGCUCUGCACAUGCCAGGACAACUUCGUGCCUUCCUCAGUUCACUGCCUCAACCACUGGAGACCCUGGAAAUUUCAUCUUCAAGGCUGAGAUCAGAAGACUUUGCCUAUCUGUCUCGUAGCCACCAUGCCUCUUCACUGCAGCAGCUGGAUCUUAGUAGUAACCGUCUGGACAACAGCAUCCUGCCCUCUUUGAGACAUCUGCUCUACCAGGCUUCCAGCAGCCUGCAAGACCUCUGCCUCUGUGCCUGUGGCCUGACUGAUAACGGGCUGGGCCUUCUGCAACCCUCGCUGCAGUGCUGUCGGGCCCUUAAGAGUUUGGCUUUGGCCUCAAACCUGCUCUCCAUGGCUGGCAUCUUGGACCUAGUGAGGACAGCUGUGAGAAUGCCGUCCCUCCGCCGGCUGCUUUAUCCCAUGCCAGUAGAGAGCAGUGAUGAAGACUUGGACUGUCCUUUGUUGGAGUCAACGAUUACCAUCCAGCUGAACAGGAUACUGCUCGACAGCGGCCGCUCCAACAUGCUCCUGACUAGUGAACUGGACACUUUUGAUGAAAAUAUAUUGGACUAGAGUAAAGACAAGAACACUGAUGUUACUUAAAGGACGUAGUUUUUCAUUUUAAAACAUUAUUACACCUCUGAUUGGUCUGCUCAUCUUUACAGUUGCACUGUAUGUGAGAAAUACUUUUUUUUUCUCUUCAAGAAAGUGGAAUGGGAACAUACAGGUAUCAGUAGGGGGCCUGUAGUAGCUGAAACCAAAACUUAAAAUUGCAUAGUGCAAUUGCUAACAUGUUGGAUUUUAUGAUUUCUUCCAGCGUAUAUUGCUGGAAAUAUUAAGUUUCUGUAGCAACUAUUUCCUAACUGAUGAUACUGUAAAUGUCCACUGAAUAUUCUAAAUUACUGUUGUUCAUCUAUAUAUUAAAGGCAAAGUGGCCUCUCUUCGUGCGUGUAACUUUGAUCAUGGAGAAACCUGAGAGCUGACAUUUGCUGAUAGGUGUGCUUAUGUUUUGGGUCAAGGAUGAACCCCUCGAAAAAGGAAAGUUGAUAGGACUAAUAUUUUUGGAGAAAUUAGGGUUAUUAGGUAACAACAGUGAACAAUGGACAUUGACAUCACCAUUAAUCAGUUCCUGGUAACCAGGCAAGCUCGGAAUAAAGGAAAUAUCUCAACCUUGCCAGCUGUAAAACAUGACCAACUAAUAAAUACAAUUCACAAAACAUUCUAAUUUUAAUUUCCUCCACUUUUGGUUUAAAUCAUUAUGAAAACUUUGCAUAAUUUAUUACCACCCUUGAAAUGUGUCAGCUACCUAUUUUAUAAACACUACCCAAUCUAGAGCCCAUGGAUCCCCACAGACAAUGCACUGUUCAAUAAUGUUUAUGAGAAAAUGCUGUAUGUUAGCUGCUAGCUAACUGAACAAGUGUCGUUUCCACUGUAGAUACCUUCCUAGAGAGGCAUCCAACAUACUUGAUACUGGUGUUACGUAUAUGAACUAAUUUUGGUUUUAUUUUGUUGUUUCCUUUACUGUGUGUUCAGUAUGUUAUAACAUUUAUCAAAAACUGACUUGUCAAGCAAGAUCCCUGAACAUCAUCAGCAGUAAGCUAGCUGGGUUAAGCUAAUUACUAAAACUGAUAUGAGGAUGAUAAAGUGGUGUAUUUGAGAAAGCUGCCCAUAUUUCUUCUGAUAUUGUUACUGUUAAUUCACAUCCUUUUUGUUGUAGUUUCUCACAAUCAAGCAAUCGUCAAAGGUGAGUAAGGCACUCGGAGGCUCAGUUACUAAGAAUGAUUUAGUAUGACGGUUUAAUAAAAGUUAACUUGUCAUUUCAGUAUUUUACAUGCUCAUGGAGAAUCAACAAUGUGCAUCGGUGACAAUCAAAUUUCUCUGGCGUGGUGUUUUUUUAUGAGUGCAGAUCUUGUUUUAAUCACAUCUGUCUUGAUAUUGGAUGAUUUUGUCUUCACAUUUUUAUCACAAUAUACAACAAAAAGGAGGUAUGUAAAUUGUGCAAUUAAUGGUAGAUUUCAACAAAUUUCAGACAGUGGUAACACUACACACUACAUGAAGAUAUGUGUUAACAGAUGCAUAUGAAUGUUAUGUUCCAUUUGUGUUAAUAAACACCCCUCAGUCAUAUGCUGUAGC